ACAUGUCCAUCAAUAAUAAUUUAAUUCCAUUCUCACUAUCUUCAACCAUUAAUUUCUCUUCCUCCUACAUAAUUUAACUAAAAAAAACACCCCAAAUAUGAAACUCACGGCAACAUUCUUUUCUCUUCUAAUCCCAACACUUGUUUUUCAUGUUCUUAGAUCGAUAUUUCAAACCACCUUCUCUUGUUACUCUUUGCCACUAAUUAUUAAUACUCUAUUUAUCUCCACACUCCUCCUCACUAUUUCCCUUAAUUACUGGCUUGUCCCUGGUGGCUUUGCAUGGAGAGACUAUAAACAAAGCACAAAACUCAUUGGGCCAAUGGGCUGGCCCAUAUUAGGAACUUUACCUCAAAUGGGCUUUUCGGCUCAUACAAAACUCGCUUCCUUAGCCACUUGUUUGAAAGCCAAGAAGUUAAUGGCGCUAAGCCUAGGAGCCACACGCGUUGUUAUAAGUAGCCACCCCGAAACAACAAGAGAAAUUCUAUUCGGACAGCCAUUUUCUGACCGUCCGAUCAAAGAAUCAGCACGCUCGCUUAUGUUCGAGCGUGCCAUUGGUUUUGCUCCUUCGGGAAGUUAUUGGCGAAAACUAAGAAGGAUCGCAGCCUUUCAUAUGUUCUCUCCGAGAAGAAUUCUCGGUUUGGAGAGUCUUCGGCAACGCGUCGCCGAUGAAAUGGUGGUGAGAGUUUGGAAGGAGAUGGAGGAGAAUGGGGCGGUGGAAAUUCGAGGGAUAUUACAAGAAGGGUCUUUUAGCAAUAUUUUGGAAAGUGUGUUUGGUAAUUGUUUGAGUUUAGGAGGAAGUGAGGAGUUGGGAAAUAUGGUUAAGGAAGGGUAUGAGUUAAUUGCUAUGUUUAAUUUGGAAGAUUAUUUUCCUUUGAAAUUUUUAGACUUUUAUGGUGUGAAAAGAAGGUGUCAUAAAUUGGCAGCUAAGGUUAGUAGUAUUGUUGGUCAAAUUGUGGAAGAACGAAAAAGAGCUCAAGAGUUGUUUGUUGAGGAUUAUGAUUUUCUUAGCACUUUGUUAUCUUUACCCAACGAGGAAAGGUUAGGUGAUUCUGAUAUGGUUGCUAUUUUGUGGGAAAUGAUAUUUAGAGGAACAGAUACAGUUGCUAUACUCCUAGAAUGGACAAUGGCAAGGAUGGUAUUACACCAAGACAUACAAACAAAAGCCCGACAAGAGAUUGACACGUGCAUUGCCCAAAACAGUCACGUGCGAGACUCAGAUAUUCCUAAUCUCCCUUACCUUCAAUCCAUAGUAAAGGAAGUACUUCGGCUACAUCCACCAGGCCCAUUGCUAUCUUGGGCCCGGCUUGCAGUCCAUGAUGUUCAUGUAGAUAAAGUCCUUGUGCCAGCUGGCACAACUGCAAUGGUUAACAUGUGGGCCAUAUCUCACGACUCAUCUAUUUGGGAAGACCCAUGGGCUUUUAAGCCUGAACGGUUUUUGAAAGAAGAUGUUUCUAUUAUGGGCUCAGAUUUGAGGCUUGCACCUUUCGGUGCAGGCCGUAGGGUGUGUCCGGGAAGAGCUUUGGGCUUAGCCAUAGUCCAUCUCUGGCUCGCACAACUUCUCCACAAAUUUAAAUGGUUUCCAGCACAACCUGUGGAUCUUUCAGAAAACCUUAAUCUUUCUCUUGAAAUGAAGAAUCAUCUUCAAUGUUUAGUAGUUCCUCGUAACCAUGUGAAUUAAGCAAUCAAUAAUAUGGAUUUGUCAUCAAUGAACUAAUGUAUCAAGAUAAAUAUUAAAAGUAUAGUGCAUUAAUAUUUGGUUGUUUGAUUAAUGAAACUUGUCCUUGUAUAUCAUGUUUUUAAAGGGUAUAAUAUAUCAAGUUAUUGAUAUAAUAAGUAGUGAGUUUACUAGAGAGAGUGGAUGAUGCCUCUUCCAAAUUGUAAGAUGUAGUUAUUAAUGUAUUUGUAAAAUAUUGUGGUGAAGUUGCUUUCUCAUAUGCA